ACAGGUGUGUAUAUAAAUGCUACCCAGCGGGUGAACGCAUACACUAGUCUGUAGAUAUCGAGAAAGCAAGUAGUUACUGUUUGGAGCAAUGAGCAGCAAGAAAACAGUUGACAAGGAAAAAGGGGGGAGCAGUGAACUGCUGACACCAAGGCAAGUUUCAGAGCUGUAAAAUGCAUGUGAAAUGCUACCAAAAGCUCUUUUCAGUACUAAAACCUACUGUAACCCUGCAGUUCCAGUUUCAAGUUUCGAAGAGCAAAAGACAAAGACACUAAGCCAACUUCGGCAAGGACAGGAUUUAAACUGGGUAGAAAUAGAAAUGAAGAAGAAAGUUCUAUCGAAUCAGUACGAGAAGCUUUUGGAUUAGAACAGCCAGAGGGUCGAAGUAGAGUGUACUCGGCAACAAGGAGAUCCAGUUGCAAGCACUUUCUAGUAACACUGACUAUUGGAGCAGUUAUAGCAUUCCUAAUAGUACUCGUAAACGAUGCCGUGGUAGUCGUCUACUUGGAGCAUCAGAACCAACAGCUGAAAGACUCGGACACCAGUCUGGCACAAGAUGCACAACUGGGAGACACCAGUAUCCAAACCACGCUCAUGGAACAAAUCAAAAGUCUCCAGAGCAACUUUACGGCCGAGCUGGGAGCCAUGAAACGGAAACUGAGCGACACCGAAGACAGACAACACAAGCACCUUGAAGCAUUUGAGAUAAUGCAACAGGCACUCAACAUAGCCGAAGAGAAGCUGGAAAAUGCCACCGAUAAGAUAUCGCUUUUGGAGGAAAACCACGUGGCUGCGGUAAAGAAAAUGGAAGAAGAACUGAUCGCAACAAACGAACAGUUGCACAACGCAAUCGUCAGGAUUGAGGUGUUAGAAUCUGAACUAAGCAUCGCAGGUGGAGCGAUUGUGACUCUGAAUGCUACCAAGGCUAGCGUAGUGGCAGUGAGUGAGGUCACUGAUAGACUUUCACUACUGGACAGAGAAAAAGCCUCCCGAGCUGAGUUUGUGGUCCUCUCCGCCAACCUAACACUGCUGGCAGAGGUUAGUACACAGGCACACAAAGAUAUACGACAGGAACUGAACGAGCUAUCCAACACUGCACUCAACCAGACCCACCACGAUCAGCUGGAAGAAUUUAUCGCCAUAUUUGCCUCCACCAAGGCCAACCAGAGCAACUUUGAAAUUCUGGUCUCACGUGUGGCAACCCUACAAAACAGCACCGACGAACUGUCUCAGACGCUGGAAUACACGACAGGGGAAUUAGAGGUAGAUAUACAAGACUUGUUCACAGUAGCACACAACGCGACGCUUGCUGUUGCCAGCAUUUCAGACCAGGUGGCAGUCCUGAAAACUACAAAGGUGGAGAGGGCUGAAUUUGACAGUCUCUCGGCAAAUCUGACGUCCCUAAGAAGCACCACAUCCAGGAUAGACCAAAAACUUAGAUAUGACAUCGACGAUCUAGCUACGUACUAUCAAUCGAACGCUACAGCACAUGUGAACAUGUUCGCGGAGACCAAAGCUACUGUCUGACUUGAAAGCACUCGAAAAACGGGUUUAUAACCUAUCCCGGGACAUCAAUGGUAGCAUCAGUGAAUUGACUCGGGGCCUCACUACUCUAGGAGAGACCGUACAAACAGUCGCUGCAAAAGUCGAGGAACAAGACGUGAUGCACUAACAAUGAGGUUGGUAAUUUAGAUAGGGAUUAGGACGUUGAGAACAAAAACGGUUAAUGAGCUAAAAUGAGAAAAGUAAAACAAGAAACUGUCCAAUUCGUAUGUCCCGUGUCUGACGGCGAGGAAGUGACAGAGCACAUCAUCGUCUCAAGAAAACACACGAUCAGCUGGCAUUGAUAUCACUGACAACGAAAACACAAAUCAACGCAACACAAAAGAAAUAUCUGAUGUGGAAGACAGCAUAGCCAGCUCCAGACACAAUCGAGUGCCUAUUCUCUGGGGAUAGCGUCUCUGGAUUGAUGGCCAUUACUGUCUCUCUGGUACUGCUGAAUAGUCUUCAUCCCUACUAACCACUUAUCACACUCACGCAUAAUAUCUGCACAUCUGCACAUCGGUAACUUAUGCAUGUACAUUAUGUACAUUAUGUACAUUGUGAUAUAUGUACAUUAUGUACAUGUAAGUACAUCCCCACCACUUCAUGUGUGUACAUUCCCACCACUCUUUUCUAUACCUGUAAGUCAUACCAACGUGGUGUGUUGCAAGUAUGUACGUCCCCACCACUGUUUGCAACAGCUGUAUGUAUGUAGGUCAUACCAACGUGUGUGUGUGUUAUAUCCAACAUAGAGUUGGAGUUGCCAAA